ACCAUACAGUAAGUCAAAUUAUUCUGCGACUCGAGCUUGACCGUCAUUGGUAAAAUGUCUUUUACAAGAGUUCCAUUGACCAUUAAGAGACUAUUAACGAGACACGUCCAAUUACAGCUUGUUAUUCAGAAUGGAAGACGGUCAUACUGCACUAACAGUAAUAUAUUAACUCUCCACCAAAGAGGGAUUUUCAAUGAUGUAUUCCCACCUCAAAGUGAUGAGUUGCCGAAGCUUCUGAUGUCCAGCCCUCAGUGCAUCUACUGUGGAGUGGAUCCUACUGCCGAUAGUCUUCACAUAGGAAAUCUUCUUGCCCUUGUAGCUCUCAUUCAUUGCCAAAGAGCUGGACACCAGUGUGUAGCAUUGAUUGGUGGAGCCACAGCAUUGAUUGGUGACCCCAGUGGCAAGUCUACAGAAAGGGAAGCCCUACAUCCAGACCUAGUAGAAAGGAAUGCUGAAUCCAUUCACCAGUCUCUUCAGAGAAUCUUCACCAACCACGAGAGACUUCUCUGGAAACGUGAUAAGACACUGCCAGAUAUCAGAAUCAUGAAUAACCAGGAGUGGUAUAAAUCAGAAAACCUAGUGCAGUUCUUAGGGACGUAUGGUCGCUUCUUUAGAAUGGGUUCCAUGCUUUCAAGACAGAGUGUCCAGACAAGACUAAGCAGCCCAGAGGGUAUGAGUUUCUCCGAGUUCACCUACCAAAUAUUUCAGGCCUAUGACUUCUUACACUUACACGAACAAUAUGGAUGUAAUAUACAGAUUGGAGGUACAGAUCAGCUGGGUAAUAUGAUGUCAGGUCAUGAUCUCAUUAGAAGAACGACUGGCAAUGACAUUUAUGGUCUGACUAUUCCAUUAGUCACAAGUUCAACUGGAGACAAGUUAGGUAAAACAGCUGGUAAUGCAGUGUGGAUUAACAGUGAUAAAACGUCAGAGUUUGACCUCUAUCAGUAUUUCAUCAGAAUGCAUGAUAAUGAUGUGGAAAAAUCCUUGAAGCUUUUUACCUUCCUUCCUCUACAUGAUAUUGAUGCAGUGAUCAGAAAACACAAGGCAAAACCUGAGAAAAGAAAAGCCCAGAGGUUGCUUGCAGAACAAGUCCUUCUGCUAGUUCAUGGUGAGGAAGGCUUAAAUAAGGCCAGACGAUUGACCGAGGCAUUGUAUAGCUCUGACCGUGGUGCCUUAGAGAAGUUGAGCUAUGAGGAAGUGAGUCAGCUAUUCCAAGGGGCGGGAUUGGUGGAGAUCAUGUUGGAACCCGGUCUCACUGUCCAUCAAGUUGCCGUUGCUUCAGGGGCUCUAUCAAAAGAUCGAGGUCUAGCUAUCAUUGAAGACGGUGGACUCUAUGUCAAUCAACAGAGGAUCACUAAUCCUCAUGAGGUACUUCAGAAAGGCCUUCACAUCCUCAGUAAUAAUGUGACUCUCCUUAGAAUAGGCAAGAAGAACUAUACCUUGAUCAAGUGGGUCUGAGAUCUCUAGACUAUGACGUGUGUAAGAAUGCGGCCCAUCUUAGCAUCUCAUCUCCUCAAAGGAUCAUGGGAGGCAGAGGUCAGAGGUCAGGAAGGACAUAGGCCGACCAGAGAACAAUAUCAAAACAGUGCAAUGGCAUACCGAUAAAUUAAAUUGAAGUAUUUCUUCAUAAAAUCGAAGGAUUGCCUCAUGAAUAAAGUUUUGUCAGUGAGUUUCACCAACUAAAUUGGCAUACUGAUAUGACAAUUAAGUGACAGCCAGUCAUCGCUUUUAUUGAGUUUUACUGACUAAUUUUCCCUCAGCCAAUCAAAUGUAAGGUUUUUUGGUAGCUUGUAACACCUGUCUUUGAAAAUCACUGAAAACGCUUUUCAUGCAACACUCCCCUGUGUUGAGAGCCAAAGGGUUCAUCUUAAACAAAGUUACAUAGCAGUAUUAUGUAUGAAUGUUCAAUUUGAAAAAAAUACAGAAUUGUAAUUUUCACAACUUGAAAAUUAUUCAAACUGAAUGUAUGUGGAAUGUGUGUCUCAUUUUAUCUGUGCUAAAGUAAUGCAGAAACAGAAGCAGAUUUCUAAAGCACUGUCUAUAUAUGGUUCUAUUUGAUGAGUAUACAUUAUCUGUCAUGUUUAUGCAAUGCAAUCAUAAAAAGAAGAGAUUUCUUUUUUUUUAACCGUUGAUUAUCUUAGAGUGCAUUUGAGCUUUGAAUAUAUAUAAGAUAUUCUGUGUGACAUUUGCUCCUGCGACAAUUGCAAAAGAUUCCACAUAAUAAUUGAAUGAUUACCUUCAACCCUGGAUUUAACACUAUACUUUGCUAUAAACCACAAACCUAAGUCUAUAUCUUAUACCAAAGGGAGCGUUUCAUGAAAGGACUUGUUGGACGUUUUAUCCGACAAGUCCUGGGGGUGUUUCAAUAAGAAUGACUGGG